AUGAGCUACAAGUACCUCCACGACGGUAAGGAACAUUUUAUUAAUGGGGUUGGCACCGAAUUGGCGUGGGGCUGGUCCCCUGCUGUUGACUUUACGGAGAUUUUGGAGCGGCGAGAGAAACACGCAACUGAUGACACCGAAUAUGUUGCUGAGGAGACCAAAGAAGAACCAGAAGAAGGCAAAACAACGAAUGGGGAUAAUGUAAAAAAGGACAGAAAAUUUGAUGUGGAUAUAGAUGCCAUGAUUGCGGCGAUACAACAACGCAUACCGAAAGAGAAGAAAGAUGAAGGCAGUAGAGACAUUGUGCGUGUUCUCCUCUGUGGGGCAUGUGAUAUUAGACACAUAUUCCGCACGCUUUCGAGUCUACAAGUCAAGUCAAAAAUGGCCGCACAACCGCCUCCCGUCUAUCAUUUCUUCAUUUACGAGCCCAAUUUGCGGAUACAUUGCCGUUACCUUUUUUUUUUACAGUGGCUGCUAGAUAGCAUGUUUUCCCUGGAUGAGCUGGAGGAGCAAGUGCUGAUGUUUUUGGAUGUCUUUGGAAACGCCCUAACUCGCGACACCACCUCUGCACAGAGUCGAAGUGUGUCCCAGCGACUGUUACGUGUGCUUAGAAACGAGGAGGGUGAACUUGCCCGGCUUGUCUCAUUCACGGAGAUGAAGUCCAAGGAACGUGAUUUUGUGGAGGAGCAAAUUGUGCAUUGGGCCUUUGAUACAUCACAGGCAAAAGUUGAGGACUCAUGGUUACGCCGACUGCGCCACGAGAUGGCAGAACGAUACGACAACCGGGAUAAUAUUAUUGACUGGGAUUUCAAUUUUUAUCUUUGUGACUACACGAAUCUAAUUAAAUUUGCCGAAUAUCGUACGUGGCGCAAUACAGGCAUUGCCUUUGACGCCACGCAUAUAAAUCCACGCCGUGGUUUCACUUAUAAUUACUUGGUACCGAACAAGACGUUGUGUCACUUUAAUGCAAAAGGCAUUGGCACGUUUCUUGGUGACGUGAAGAACGGUCCCUUCUUUGCGUUUGGCGCACAGACGGCCAACACACACAUCCGUGCAAAGACGAUUGAUGGCACAUGCAAGUACGGUAACGGUGUCGUCUCCAUGCAUAAUGUGCGGGCAUGGCUGUAUGGGCUUUUGACGGGGCAGUCAUGGCCGUGGAGCGAUCACGCCUUUGCCUGGGACGACCCUGCAAACUACAACUACCUGCCGCCAGGGACGCCCAGUGAUGUUGCCCAUCAGGCAGUCCUCCCGGAUGUUCGCUUUCAUUUUAUCGGGCUGGACUUCACCCGCUUUAUGCAGCACAUACGCGAGAAAAAGAAUAAGAAAUUUGAUUUGGCCUUUGUGGGAACGAGUUGCACACAGCUCAUGUCACCUGAAUUCUUCGAAGUGGCAAUGGCAAUAAAUGCAGUGGUGGUGGCGGAGACGGCGAAAUUUGUUAUUGACGCUCGUGACGGGGCUAAGUCUGCAUUUGUCAACAAAAUCCGCGAAUUAGCCAGAGCGGCGAACUGGGAGCAAAACGAUGUUCUUACGGAUCUGCUACAUGUGGAUCAGCCUGAGCCGCCAAAAGUCGAUGAUAACUCGUCCAACAUGAAGACACAAAAAAUGGCACUUGAGCGCCACCAAAUGCCGUAUCAAUUGGCCUUGACACGCUCUGCGAGAGCCCCGGAUACGUAA